GCCGCCCGCGGCACCAACCCGCCGGGUAACCGGGCGGAGGGGCGGCGCCCAACGGCUACCUGCCCCGCCGAGAAAAGGCGCCAAACCCAACCGGCGGCGCGCCGCCCCUCCCUGGAAACGUUUCCCCGUCUAAUUAUUUUUACAUUAUUUUCAAUUCCCGGCGCCGACGCUUCAUCCACCGGGCGCGUUGAAGCAAAAUCCCCGACCGAUUAACUUUAAAUAACAGUGCUGCUCAUUACACGGCGGGAGGUGAAAGGGCAAAGCCAGUUACUGCACUGGCUCAGGUGGAUCGAGAGAAGAUUUAUCAGUGGAUCAAUGAGCUGUCGAGCCCUGAGACCCGUGAGAAUGCCUUGUUAGAACUCAGUAAGAAGCGAGAGUCUGUUCCUGACCUGGCCCCCAUGCUCUGGCACUCCUUUGGAACCAUCGCUGCCCUACUGCAGGAAAUUGUAAAUAUUUACCCUUCUAUCAACCCUCCAACCCUGACAGCUCAUCAGUCUAACCGCGUAUGCAAUGCACUCGCAUUAUUGCAAUGUGUUGCCUCACACCCAGAAACCAGGUCAGCAUUCCUUGCAGCUCACAUCCCACUCUUCCUCUAUCCGUUCUUGCACACUGUAAGCAAAACAAGACCCUUCGAGUAUCUGCGACUCACCAGCCUGGGUGUCAUAGGAGCCUUGGUAAAAACAGAUGAACAAGAAGUCAUCAACUUCCUUUUGACAACAGAAAUUAUUCCUCUCUGUCUACGUAUCAUGGAGUCAGGAAGUGAAUUGUCCAAAACGGUGGCAACUUUCAUCCUACAGAAGAUUCUGCUGGAUGACACAGGACUGGCUUAUAUCUGUCAAACCUACGAACGAUUCUCUCACGUGGCCAUGAUCCUGGGUAAGAUGGUGCUCCAGUUGUCCAAAGAACCCUCGGCCAGAUUGUUGAAACACGUUGUCCGUUGCUAUCUACGUCUCUCUGACAACCCACGGGCGAGAGAGGCACUGCGACAGUGCUUGCCUGACCAGUUGAAGGACACCACGUUCGCCCAGGUGCUGAAGGAUGACACCACCACCAAGCGUUGGCUGGCCCAACUGGUCAAGAAUCUCCAGGAAGGGCAGGUGACCGAUCCUCGGGGAAUCCCUCUGCCUCCUCAGUGACUGCAGUGACCUCCCACCUGCCCAGGCCGUCUGGCUGGAACAUCGCCACUGCUGCAGUCGUGAGGGAUGGGAGAGAUUUGUACGCCCGUGUCUCUCUGAGAUGUUUGCAAGGAAGAUGGCAACAGGUGGCCCCCAUUUCUGUAGCCCUCUACCAGUGGGUGACACUGAACUGCAGGAGGUUGGCUGAGCAGUCGCAUGAAGAAGACUGUUGGGAUAUCCAGGGCGUGCAUCGCGUGGGAAGCUGUACUGGGAUCUGCAGAGGAUGGCUGGACAGUUUGCUAUUUUUUCUCUUCAUAUCUCUCUUGUGGGAUCAGUCCAGUGCCAUUUGUCCACCUCCUAGAAUGUAGCUGUCCCUUUCCCUUGAGCUGAUCCACUGAGAACUCAUCUGGAGUGCAACGAAUUCUGACGUCAAAUCUGUCUUUGCUAUUCCUCCCUAAUCAUAUCCAGUGUCAGUUUGACAGGAUUUGUACAUCUCCCAUUCAUUUCCUUUCCCAGAAGCUUUCAGUUGUGCCUCGCUUCACUGCAUUGAAAUGAGGAAUAGCUCGGACCCAACUGAACACGAAAGCAAUAGUUGGCUCCGUCACCUCCAAUACUUGCACUGUUCCCCAUCCAACUUUCAGUUCUGCCUCUCUCCUCCCUAUCAACAUCCUGCUCUCCAGCCCUGGACAUCUUUCUUUUAAUCUAUCCCUCCCAUCUUGCAUCCAAAGUUCCUUGUUUACAUAGAUUUGUCACUGGGUGACCAGUGGAACCCUUCUCCACCUUCCCAAUGUCCUGGAGAGCUCCGAAAGGAGGUAGCUCCAUGUGUCACCUGUGAGGUUUGGUCGAGUGAGCUUCCAGUAGGAACCAGUGGAUUCUGUGGAGGUGCCAGUUCUGUAUUCGCCAGGCACAGUUGGAAGUGUCACCCUGCGUGGCAGUAAGGGUGGAAAGUCUGGAGCUUAACCAUCUCUGGGUGGGCUGUCCCUGCAUUCAACCAUCCCUGGGCUGCUUUCCAUCAUUCCCCUUCAUUAUGUUCUGCAGUCGUUUCUAUCUGUCAGGGCAGAUCAGAGGUUCGAGGGCAUCUGUCCUCUUGUAUCCUGCUUUGGCUGCCUGUGUUCCAGCCCAGGGCCUUGCUCAAACACUGAUCAGCCAUCAGCUCAUUCUUGCAUGGCUGCAUGCUCUCUGGCAGCUGGCCAGUAUUGGUGUGUGCCCACCCAGCACUUCACUCUGCCUUAACAUACCCCAGCCUGUUUGUCACUAGACUCAGGGCCCCUGAGGUUCUGAAGCACCUCCAGGACACUUUGCUGGAAAUUCCCUUUCACCUCCUGGUAUCCCAGUGAGUGGCACGAGAAUGGCAAUUGUGAGAUAAGUCUGUUCCAAGAUUUUCUGGGACAUUCCAAUCCAAAAAUAAUAAAUAUUUUUAAAAUAUAA